AUGAACAGAACAAGGGUGAAAGCUAAACUAGAUUAGCAUCCUAAAAGGAUAAGAAUGUUGAUCUUCAAGGAGUUGUAAAUCAAAUUUUCAACUCUCAGAAAUGCUUCAAUUGAAAGCCGUAUCAACAAUCUUAUCAGCAAUACUAAUUGGAUUCUUAGCUUUAUCUUUAAUAGCUUUGGAAGCAAGUUAGUCCUGGACUAAAUAUAGCAUUGAACCAAUGAGCCAUUGAAUUUUUAGCCAUGAUCAAAGUCAAGUGACAUUCAAUAGGUUUUAAAUUCGAAUGCUAACAUUUGCAAUCACUUUUUUUAUUCUCAUGUAAUUAAAAAAAUAAGAUCUCAUUCUUAUAGUUAUAGGCUGCAAUAGUAGAAUAUGCACGUUACAGUCAAUGCUGGGUAAAAGCACUGAAGCAUAACCUGCGGUAAUGGCUAAGGCUAAGGUAACCACCCCAUGUUUCCAACAUCCAACUGAAAAAAACCGCCCAAUUCAAAACUUCCCUGUCCCAUAAUCUAGUAACUGCCAACUCUCCUACAUAAGCAAGACAUCCAACAUUUUUACACUUUUUUUCCUCUUUCAGUUCCUCAUUGUCUCUUCGCUAUUUUUUUUUUUUUUUCUGAAAAUGAACGUAAACAUUGAUUCUGAUCCUGGGUUUCGAUUCCCUUCUUCUCCUAGCCUACGUAACAUCCCGGACUUGCCUUCCUCGUCAAGCCAUGCUGUGAAUUAUGAUCCGAAUCCCCGCAAGAAACGGUCCAAAUUGAUAAAGAUCGACACUGGUCAAUUCCCAACUUGUUCUAGCACCGUUUCCAGGCCUAAAUAUACCAAAAAACCUGACCCUGGUGCACCAAAGAUUACGCGGCCUUGUACUGAAUGUGGGAAGAGGUUUUGGUCAUGGAAAGCACUUUUCGGACACAUGCGAUGUCACCCUGAGCGACAGUGGCGUGGAAUUAACCCCCCUCCUGAUUAUCGCCGGCCUGUUUCUCCUGUUAAGCAGACAAAUAAUGUCGAGGUCUUGAUGACUGAGGAGGAUCAUGAGAUAGCAGCAUCCUUGUUGAUGCUGGCUAAAGGUGCUGCUGCUAGUGAGAGCGAAUGUGGUACAAGUUAUCAACCUGGGGUUCAAGAAAAUGGUGCUUUUGGGGCAAAUUUGGGUGCAAAUUUCCGGUUCGAAUGUUCAAGUUGCAAGAAGGUUUUCGGGUCACACCAAGCACUGGGUGGCCACAGGGCUAGUCACAAGAAUGUGAAGGGUUGUUUCGCAAUAACAAGAAGUGACGACGGCUAUGUGAUUGAGGAUCAAAGCGGCAAUGAUGAUGGCUUUCUAAAAGAAAAUGUGGAAGACAAUAGUAAGGUGAUGAUGGUUUUGGGGCACAAGUGCAGCAUUUGCUUGAGGGUGUUCUCUAGUGGUCAAGCCUUAGGUGGGCAUAAGAGGUGCCAUUGGGAGAAAGGUGAUGAAACAUCAAUGAACCAAGGGCUCAACCUUUUGGCAGCAAGGGGAGAUCCCGGUUUGGACCUGAAUUUGCCUGCUCCUGUUGAAAGUGAUACAUCUUCUUCUUAUUCUUCAGGCCUAGCUUUGGAUUUGAGGUUAGGUCUCUGAAGAAAGCUUGAAUUCUCAUUUUCCCAGGCAUGAUCUUUGCUGAAGUUGUAUGUAUGUGACUUGUAACCUAGGAUUAGAAUUAUUCUGUUUACCUGAUAUUUGACAGUGUAUUUAUUUUGUUCAAUAACAUUUUCAGUUUUAUUUGGUUAAUUCUUUGAUUUAUGAAAUCGAAUGAAUCAGAGUAAGUAUAUAAUAGUUUUCAAUCCUCCCAUCCCAACACUCCCUUUGCUUUGGUUGGUCCAAUGUUCCACUAUGAAUAGAAAUAAUCCUGAGUUCAGAGCAGCUUUGUUACAUUGAUCCCUCUCAAUGAUAGAAUCUUUGGAGACUUGGUCCACUCUUUUAUCUUCUUUUUUUCAACCACACAGCUCGAAUCUGAUCAUUAUUUGCGGCAAUUCGACUUUUAAGAUUCUUGUGAUCAACUUCUUGAUCACCCAACUUUUCUGCAUAUCACCAUUGUCUUAAAAGUCAACAUUCUUAUAGUUGUCUGAGAAGAGAGAAGAAUAUUGGACCACUAUAUAUGUGCUUCCUCUUGAAUCAAAAGCUUCAGUAAGUUUUUGUCUGAGCA